AUGGAAACAGCCGCGAGGAUAAACAUCAACGAGAGAUAAAAAUCUAAARRGUAAACAAAAAUGAGUAGUUGGGUUAAACUUCGUCGGAUGAGGAACAUUUCGUCAGCUCAAGAAGAACUGAUCUUUUGAGGGGAAUAUCCCGUUGAAUUGCUAAAUAGAUUUUUCGUCUUGAAGYAUAUUUGGYAAUAAUGGGAGACAAAGYUAAACUAAAAACAGGAAAACUUGGAGCAAAUAAUAUGGAACAAUAUGAACUCUAUAAGCAUCUUGAACGUUUGGACAAACAAAUCCGCGUUAGAGUAGUAAAUAUUGAAUGUCAACAAAAAAUAAUCGCAAAAACCUUCCACGAACGUCUUCAUCAAAGCGCYACAAUGGCAAAGGUUCAAGAAGAUAUUGUUGCCAACUUCCAUUCAAAUCGGCAUGAUGAUAAAAAACUUCGUUCUUAUAUGUUAAGAGGAAAGGCAAUGAACGCAGAGAWYGAGAACAGGAAAAAUGAAAAUAUAGCACCGUCAUUACAGCUUCGUCAGUGGAAUAAAAAUUUUCGGGUUCCUUAUCAAAAGGAAUAUUCAUUUCGACCAGGUAUAAACACUAGGCCGUCAAAAGUACUUGAGGUCCGUUGUAAAAUGUGGGAAAAAGUGGCUGAGUUUUGUACUUCUGGGAGAGAAAGAGCUCGUAGCGCUCCACCAAGACUACGCGAACUUCGAGCUCCAGAYCAAGUAGAGCGGGCACACGAUCACGCUUUAGAGCUUGUUGGUAUUCAGAAAUGGCUGGUGGAAAAACCCUCCGGACAGCCAUUAAUUGAUCAAGAUAAAGUUAGCAGAUGGAGGGAAAAAGAGAAGAACCUCGCUAAUGGCGCUGUUGAGGAAUUUGUCGGCUCGCUCCAUCCUUACAGGCUCAAACCAGGACCGAGUCAGCGRCUGCUUGAUGUGAAUAGCCUAUACAGUCUUUUAUGCACUCCUAGACCACCUGUCAAUCACCCGCCAUGUUCACRAUGAUUAGAAUUGAAGUCGAUGAGACUGGUAUAGGUAGCGACAGUGAAAGAAACGAUCGAGGCUGUUACGUAGUAGUGAGGAGUGCGAGCUCCCUGCUCCCUCUUGCGUGCUCCCUCUUUUUCAUGCAAGGAGCAUAUAUUAGUAGCACAAUUUAUAAUUUGAUCUCAUUUACAAUUUGAUCUCAAGACUGUUUAUUUCUCCAAAUGUAGCUAUUAAUUUAAGAUAACUUACAGGCUUACACAACUGUUUUUUUGAGAAUCAUUGACAGUCAAAMGUAUAUCUUAAUUAAGCAAAAAAUGAUUUUUUUAUUUUAUUUUAUUAACGUAACCCGUGUGUGGUCAAACUAAGGAAGUGCUCAUCAGCCAAAUGCUGACAUCUUUAAUUUGAAACUGAAAAAACUUGAACAUGAAAAAAGCGUCAAUAGUCUGUUGUGAUGAGAUUAUUUUGAAUACUGUUUCAGCUACCACUAAAAUAAAUUAAAUCUCAGUUAUAUAGAUUAUAGAGUAUCGAAAGGAAUUAUAUAAAGACUAAGCGGAUCAUACUAUCAGCAUUAACACCACUGAUUUUAUAUAGAAAUAUUAACAUAAAAACUUUGCUUUGAUGCUAAGAAUUUGUGUAAUUUAAUUUUAUCAUACACGUGUUUCCAUAAGAUUGUCCUGUUUGAAAUAGUGAAAAGUAAUAAGUUAAUCUAAAAGAGUUAAUCAGAAUUAYAAUGUAAUUAACAAAUUGCGUCAAAUCGCGAGAAAUAACGUGACGGCGAUUUCCACAUUUGUCUUCAACAAGAGGAUUUUUCAUCGUCUGCUGCAAAACAAACAGGACAUCGCGAUGCUAAUUAUUAUUAUUUAUUUGUUCUAAACAGACUUCACACUGCUGUUCUAAAUUGAAAUACUUAUAUAUAUAUUUUUUACUUA